AUGAGUGCUCCAACUGGUGAUAUUGGUUUAAUUGGUUUAGCCGUUAUGGGUCAAAAUUUGAUCUUAAACGCUGCUGACCACGGAUUUACUGUCGUUGCUUAUAACAGAACUGUUGCUAAAGUUGACGAAUUCUUAGAAGGUGAAGCUAAAGGUAAAUCAAUCAUUGGUGCUAAAUCAAUUGAAGAAUUAUGUAAAAACUUAAAAAGACCAAGAAGAAUUAUCUUAUUAGUUAAAGCUGGUAAACCAGUCGAUGCUUUCAUCGAACAAUUAUUACCUCACUUAGAAAAAGGUGAUAUCAUCAUUGAUGGUGGUAACUCUCAUUUCCCAGACUCCAACAGAAGAUUCGAAGAAUUAAACAAACAAGGUAUCUUAUUCGUUGGUUCAGGUGUUUCUGGUGGUGAAGAAGGUGCUAGAAAUGGUCCUUCAUUAAUGCCAGGUGGUCACCCAGAUGCUUGGCCACACAUCAAAGAAAUCUUCCAAUCAAUUGCUGCUAAAUCCGAUGGUGAACCAUGUUGUGAUUGGGUUGGUGAUGCCGGUGCCGGUCAUUACGUCAAAAUGGUCCACAAUGGUAUUGAAUAUGGUGAUAUGCAAUUAAUUUGUGAAGCUUACGAUUUAAUGAAGAGAGUUGGUAAAUUCACUAACAAAGAAAUGGGUGAUGUUUUCGCCAAAUGGAACAAAGGUGUUUUGGAUUCUUUCUUAAUUGAAAUUACCAGAGAUAUCUUAUAUUUCAAUGAUCCAACCGACAACACUCCAUUAUUAGAAAAAAUCUUAGAUACCGCCGGUCAAAAAGGUACCGGUAAAUGGACUGCUAUCAACGCUUUAGAUUUAGGUAUGCCAGUUACCUUAAUUGGUGAAGCCGUCUUCUCCAGAUGUUUAUCUGCUAUUAAAGACGAAAGAACCACUGCUUCUAAAAAAUUAACUGGUCCAGAACCAGUUGCUAUCACUGACAAACAACAAUUUGUUGAUGAUUUAGAACAAGCUUUAUAUGCUUCUAAGAUUAUCUCUUAUGCCCAAGGUUUCAUGUUAAUCAGAGAAGCUGCUAAAGAAUACGGUUGGAAAUUAAACAACCCAGCUAUCGCUUUAAUGUGGAGAGGUGGAUGUAUCAUCAGAUCUGUUUUCUUAGGUGAAAUUACUUCAGCUUUCAGAGAAAACCCAGAUUUAGAAAACUUAUUAUUCCACCCAUUCUUCAACAAAGCUAUCACUGAAGCUCAAUCAGGUUGGAGAUCAACCAUUGGUAAAGCUGUUGCUUCUGGUAUCCCAGUCCCAGCUUUCACCACUGCCUUAUCAUUCUACGAUGGUUACAGAUCAGAAGUCUUACCAGCUAACUUAUUACAAGCUCAAAGAGAUUACUUCGGUGCCCACACUUUCCAAGUCUUACCAGGUAAGGAAAAUGAUUUCUUAAAGAAAGGUGAAUGGAUCCACGUUAACUGGACCGGUAGAGGUGGUAACGUUUCUGCAUCAACCUACGAUGCUUAA